GUCCCAGCACUGGAAUUCCUGCAGCAGUCCCAGCUUGUCAUGCUGGAGGACGAGCGCCAUCGGGACAGCUCCAGAAUUCCGCUCCAGACCGUCGGUUUAUAGACUUAAAAAACUGCAUAUAGGAUGCAAUGAGUUCAGACAACGUCAAUUCCAGAGAAGCACAGAUAAUUGUAUAGAAGAGUUCCACUUGCCUCAGGAUACAAAUCAAAUAGAAAUGGACCCUGUUGAACAUCUGAGAAGGAAACUCCAAAAGCUCAAGAGCAAAACUUUGGAACGAAAUAAUCAACACAAUCAAGAAAUAUCUUGCUAUGAAAAAGAAAUAAUAAAAUUAAGAUUGGAACUGGAGAGAGGAGAAGUUCUUCGUCAACAUCUGGAGAGUGUACUCAAUGACAAAUACCAGGAGAAAGCAGCAGAGACUGAGAAGAUGGUUCAAAGUGCUCAGCGGCAGUGGGAAGAGGAGCAACAAAGAUUUGCUGUGGAGAGGGAUAACACCCUAAGAGAACACCUUGCUAGAAUGGAAUUCCUUGUUAAAGAAAAAACUGAAACAGAAAUGGCUUGUAAGGCAGAUACAGUGAAAAUAAAUGAAAUGGAGGAAAAUGCUGAAGCAGCAAGACUAGCACAUAUAGACUGUAAAUACACUACAGAAAUCACGCAGAGGGAGCUGUCCAUCCUCCUGAACUUGUACCACAGCAUGGCAAAUGCCCACGUGCUUGCCAAACAGACAAAUGUCCCCCUGGAAGAGUUACCUUGGACAGAGUUUUGUGCACUCUUGCAUGAGAAUGUUGAAGCCCUGAUCUUGAACUUCCACAAGGCUAACGAGAGGAUAGCUCAUCUAGAAUAUAUUUGCAAGCACAAGACUGACACCAUGAACGACCUUCAGCAGAACCAGGAGGAUGCUUUUAAGAAAAUGUCUGAACAGUUAAAAGCACAGGAACAUUUCUGGCAGAAAGAAAAGCAAUAUCUUGAAGAGCAGUACUCAAAUCGCCUUGCAGAAAUUCAAGCCAGAGCACAGGAAUGUGAAGAAACGGCCCACAAAAACAGGGGGAAACUGUAUGGCCUUGAACAAAUCUGCGAGCAACUGGCCCAGGAAAACAAUUCCAUGAAAAAUACAUUAUUAGACGCUUUCAAGGCACGCUCAUCCCUGCUGGCAGCCUGUGCGCUGCUGUCAGGGGCCCUGUGUCCCCUCUACGGCCGACUGAGCGCUAUGUCUUGCCAAAGAGAAAUUCUCCAGGAGCAGGUGAACCAGCACCAAUUAUUGAACCAGAAGAUAAUCAGGCUCCUUUGUGGUCUCCCUACUAUGGUGGAAAGCAACCAAGAUGAAGGCAGGCUGAGGCAGAGAAGAGCCAAGAGCCUGGUUUACGUGUUCCGAAGGGCUGUGAUUGCAGUUCUGGCUGCUAACAGGCUGAGGGCUCUGGGCAGAUAUUCUUGUACCUUUUUCGUCUGGACAGAUGGCUCCAGAGGAAGCAAUGGAAUUCAAGUUUGUGUGGGAGAAUCCAGAGGCAGGCAUCAUCUGCCGCGUUUUGAAGAGGAAGGAGUUGACUGUGAUGAAGCACUUCACUGGUUGAGUAGCUCUAACCUUUAUACUGCAAUAAUCAGUUCCAUCUCAGAACUGGAACAUGUUCUCAGCAAACAAGAUGCACACCUCUGGCCUUCUGGACACUCACUUAUCAGUACAGCCAGAAGCUGCUUUGCAAAACUGAUGGGCAACCUGAGCAUACUGAUGGAGACAGCUCAAGGGAGCAUUCACGGGUGCAGAGCUUACCUGGAGAGGGACUCCCUGAUACAGAGGCUGGCUCAUGGGCUCAACAGAGUAAAUGCCCAGGCCCUGGAAGCUGGAUUGUAUGACAGACUGCCCAGCACAAGAAACAUAGCAAUCUUGCAGCAAGAAAUAUUUAGAUUUUCACAAAGGCUUCAUGCAGCAGAGGCAGAGUCCCACACACUGCACCUGCAGCUUGCAGAAUGCACAUGGGCUUUCAGUGAGAUGCAAAAAGAUGCUGAAAAAGCCCAGAGACUGCAGGAGCAAUUAAAUGAACUUCAACAUAGAAUCAACAAAGACAAUAUACACGAGGAGUUAGAGAAUGCUUUGCAGCGUGAGCACGAGGCAAGAUUGCUUCUAGAAGAGCACCAGCAACGGCUUCAGGAGCUGAGUAGCAGACUGGAAUCACUCUCAUUUACUGACAUAGAUAAAAGCCAAGUCUCCAAUUUAUCUCUGAUGAGCCUCCCUAAUGCAAUGGAGGAGCUGAGGAAAAGAGAGCAAGUCCUGGAUCACCUGAAGAGACUCCUGAAAGACAUGGAGCAAGACCGGCAGCAGCUGUGGGAGACUCUCCAGGAGGCAGAACUUGCCAUCCAAGAGGGAGCAAAAGAUGAAGAGUUGAUCAUGAAUCGUAUGAAAGCUGUGGAGGCUGCCCUGAAUGAGGCCAGAGAGCAGGCCAUGGCAUCAAGUGCUGCAGCAGCCGCGCCACUCCCCAGCCUGCGGCUGGAGACCCUUCCAGAGGAAGCAACAGCAGGCAGACCAGAGGCUGCAUCAUUCCAGAAUCUGCACGUGCCCACACUGAAUCUGAAGCAGGUGGUUCAACACCUCCUCCUCCACCACCUCCUCCCUCCACCACCUCCUCCUCCUCCACCUCCUCCUCCUGCUCCUGCUGCUGCUCCUGCUGCUGCUGCUGGUGCUCGUGUUCCUGAUGUUAUUUUUCAGCCUCACAUUUCACCCCAAGAAGCUGGUAGACCUCCUGCUCCUACUCCUGCUCCUGAUGGUGUGCCAAUCUUGUCUGAGCUGUCCUGGCCACAUGGCCAGCCCUGGACCAUGAAGACCCUUGCACCUACCCACCCCUCCAAGGAAGAAAAAGAGAGUUCCCAAGCACACCAGGGAGAGCUUAAACUCGGAACCUAUACUGUCUCUGGAACCAACACAACAUCCACUGUGACACCCUACAAAACUGUAUCUGUAACCAACGUAGAUUCCAGUGUGAUAACAGGCACUGGGUCAUCAGUGGACACAUUCAUCAACCUGACACCAACCAGAACCAAUACUGGGCCAUCAAAGGAAAUGUCCUCCAAUGUGAGACCCAAGAGAACGUACACUGUGUCUGCAAUCAACACACUCUCCAGUGUGGCAUCAGACAGAACAGGUUUUGGAUCAUCAAUGGACAUAUACUCCCAUGGGAUAUCUGGCAGAAGUUACUGUUUGUCUGCAGCCAACAUACCCUCCAUGGUGACACCAGACUGUCCACUAUGUCCACCAAUGAUCCAAAACCUAAGUACAAGUUUUGGAUCAUCAGUUGGUGUAUCCACCCAUGGGGCACUUGGCAGAAUGUACAGAAUGUCUGCAACCGACAUACUCUCCAGUGUGACACCAAGGAGAAGAGGCAUUGGGUCAUCAGCGAACACAUUCAUCAAUCUGACACCAACCAGAACCAAUACUGGAUCAUCAGUGGGUAUAUCCUCCCAUAUGAUACAAAACAGAGCUCCUACUGUGUCUUCAAUCAACACGCCUUCGAAUCUGACAGGGAACAGAACUGGCACUAGGUCUGCAGUCAACACAUCUUUUCAGACCACACAGAACUAGUUCUUUGCCAUCAGUCAGGUCUUUCAGCCUGAGUGUCUUACCCAGUACCAGAAGAAAUCAGGGAAUUUAAUUAUUGGAUGUGACAGUUUUCUUGAGCAAUAUCCUAGCUUCUCUUCAGAAGAAAAAAUCUCAAAAGACCUAACUAAAAUACAGUAAAAAAAGGAGUAAUUAAAGUACCAACCUUUGUAUUGUA